AUGCCCAACCGCCAGUUCGACCCCAACUUCACUCCCUACGUGGUCAACGCUAUGGGUCCCAAGACCCCCGAGCGGGCUCGUGUCAUCCUGGGCUCGCUCAUCAGACAUAUCCAUGAUUUUGCGCGCGAGGUCGAGCUCACCUCUGCCGAGUGGAUGAUGGGUGUCGAGUUCAUCAACUCCAUCGGCGCGAUCAGCACGCCCAUCCGCAACGAGGGACACCGUAUCUGUGACGUGAUUGGUUUAGAGUCGCUGGUCGACGAAAUCGCCAACAAAAUUGUCACCGAAGACGGCGUCUCCCCCACCUCAAACGUCAUCCUCGGCCCCUUCUGGUCCCCCAACGCCCCCUUCCGCGCCCUCGGCGACAGCAUCAUCCAAGACGAGAACCCCCACGGCCGCGUAACCUACAUGCACGGCGUCCUGCGCGACAUGGAGACCGGCGCGCCCAUCGAAGGCGCCGUCCUCGACAUCUGGCAAGCCUCCGCCAACGGCCAAUACGACUUCCAGGACCCGACCCAGACGGAGAACAACCUGCGGGGCAAGUUCCGCUCCAACGCCCAGGGCGAGUUCGACUGGUACUGCUACCACCCGACGCCGUACUCGCUGCCGACGGACGGUCCCGCCGGUGUGCUUCUGAACCUCAUGGAUCGCUCGCCGUUCCGUCCUGCCCAUAUCCACCUCAUGAUCACCCACCCCGACUACGCGACCGUUAUCAACCAGAUCUAUCCCUCCGAUGAUCCCCACCUGGCCAUCGAUUCCGUCUUCGCUGUCAAGGACGACCUCGUCGUUGACUUCAAGCCCAAGUCGGGAGAUCCCAAGGCGUCGCUCGACCUCGAGUAUAACGUUAACAUGGCGCUGAAGAAGCACCACCCGAACCCGAAUGCGGCGCCGCCGGCGUCGUCGUUUGAGCGCUUUAAUAAGGCCGAGAAGGAGAAGCAGGCUCGUUCGCAGCUGUGA